AUGGCUCUCAACUCGGACGAGCAGAAAUCGAACCUGGUCCUCCGCGUGGAUCAGGAUUCCGACUCGGUUCUGCAGUCGUUGUUCGACACAGUGCUCAAGCCGGACUCGAAACGACCGCUACAGGUGCCUCUGCGUAUGCGACAACUACCAAAGUCGUUCUUUAACCCGCCGUCGACCGGUUCUAAAUCGCCAUCUGUGUCUCACUCGCGGGAGAACUCGGCCGACUCGGCGUUCGGAUCGUCGUCCGCGACUGGUUCCGUGGCGGUAUCUCACUCUCGUGCGCACUCCUCACCUGCUAGCUUGCAGCAGACCUACGCAGCCGGACAGCAGAAUCAGCAGCCGCCGCUCCACCACCAACACUCAAAACAAAGGUCGUACGAUGUUGGAUCUCAUUUACCGGACGAAUUGGGUCCUCUACCGGCUGGAUGGGAGCAAGCGAGGACUCCGGAGGGCCAAAUAUACUAUCUCAAUCACAUAACAAAGACGACGACAUGGGAGGACCCACGCAAGACCCUCGCAGCACAGACAGUAGCUGGUGGAGUCCAGCAUCAGAGUGCUGAAGCAUUACUUACGCAGACCCCAACCCCACAACCACUAGCAGCCCCCACCACAGCAGCGAAGAGUACAAGUAGCACGGCGACGACAGACCCCCUAGGGCCACUGCCGGACGGCUGGGAGCAGGCCACGACACCGGAAGGAGAGAUAUAUUUCAUUAACCACGCUGCUCGCACCACGUCUUGGUUCGAUCCUAGAAUACCGCAACAUUUGCAGCGCACGCCGGCUGCGAAUGCUGGUGCGGCUGGCGGAGGGUGGGCGAACGCGUCAGUGCAAGCUUGCCAACAGAAACUGCGUUUACAGUCAUUACAGCUGGAGCGUGAACGACUGAAGCAACGCCAGCAAGAGAUACGGCUUCAGCAAGAAUUAAUGGCGCGACAGUCGUCAUCAAUUGUAUCUUCGUUGGCAAGCAGUACCGGAGCAGCUACCACGGACCUCUCUCUGGAUCCUUUCCUCCCAGGUCUGAACGACCACCAGCGUCAAGAGUCCGCUGACAGUGGUCUCGGAAUGGCGGUCUCUCAGUCCUAUUCUAUGCCUCACACGCCAGAAGGGUUUUUGGGAAUGGAUGAUCGUAUGGACUGCACCAGUGAAGCUGGUGCUAACCUUGAUACGGACAUUACUCUAGGAGACCCAGACGAUUUGUUGGGCGAAUUCACUAACGACAUACUCCUGGACGACGUGCAGUCCUUAAUCAAUUCGACUCCAAACAAGCCAGACAACGUUUUGACAUGGCUGUAG